AUGGCUCAAUAUUCCAUGUACAAAUCACACCAAGGUGGAAACGUUCUUGCAUACAAUGGUCAUGAGUACCUUUACAAAAGGUCUAACCAAGAUGGCUCUAUUGUUUGGAGAUGUCAAAAAUAUUUUUCAUUAAAAUGCCAUGUUACGUUAACUACCAAAGGUCAACAAAUUAUAAAACAACCUAACGAUCAUGAACAUCCUGAGCUUUGGAAUCGUACAAACGAUGCACUAGCCUGUGCUCCAAAAACAACAAAUGCUUCCGAAGGCUAUCAUCAUGCACUGAAUGCAAUGUUUUCUUGUCAUCAUCCUGGAGUCUGGAAAUUGUUUCAAGGGAUCAAGAAUGACAUUGGAGUCCAAAGAUUAGUUGCUGUUCAAACAAGGAAUGGAAUUGAGACAACCAGGAACAAGUAUAAAGCCCUUGCUGAAACAUUAUCUGCCAAAGUCCAAGGUUAUGGAACAGAGCCAGAUAAACUAAGAUAUCUGAGACAAAUUGCCCAUCUUCAAGUAAGCUAA